CCCCGAGGCACGGGGAGAACAUGCAAACUCCACACACACAAGGUGGAGGCGGGAAUCGAACCCCCAACCCUGGAGGUGUGAGGCGAACGUGCUAACCAAUAAGCCACCGUGGGGGCUUUUACCCUUAAAAAGGGACUUUUACCCUACUAUAAAAGAUUUUUCUUUAGCUUUAACAAUGAAAGUAGUUACUAGUAAUGUUUUUGUUAAUAUAAUAAUUUGUUAAUAUAACCUACUGUAAUAGAUUUUAACGAAAAAUGUCUGCAUUUUUAGAUUGCAUUUUUUUUUUUCAAUCAGGAGUCUUGAGCUGUCACUGAGAGAGAAAACAAUAUCUAGGAGGCAAAAGGAAAGGAGUUAGAAAAUAAACACACGUAUUAAGACACAUUUAAAAGAUUCGGCUUUACCUCUGGUACAAAACGGCCUUGUUGAAUUCUGAUAAUUCACUAAUAAUUAGUUCAAAUCCUUAAUAAAGCUCAACAAAAUGUCACCUUCCCAGCGUUCUCUUUCCUCACAAAUAUCUUCCUCUUCUUGAUGACUAUUCUUCCUGGCACAGCUUCAGUCAGAUUGAGUUCACACACACACCUGGAGAAGAGAAUACUGACGGUGAGAGAACUGGACGAGAGAAAACAGAGAACCUUCUGCUCUACUGAUAAGAAAACGGGCUUCAAAUUGGAAGGAGUGAGGUCAAUUCAAUCAAUUCUGGAGAUCAAUUCUACUCAAGAGUAUGUGGGAUCCACCUUCAUCCUGGAGGCUUUGAGGAGAGCCAGAGAGCUAACGGAUGCUGCUUAUGCACGGACUAACGAGAGAGUCAAGAUGUCCGUAAAAGAAGGUUCUUUUCGUCCCAGUGACCUGCUGGCUCAGUUUAAACAGAUCGGCACCGGCACGAGGGCGCACGUCAGAGCUGCGGAGCUGCUGGAUAACACCGUGGAACUCAUCAGAGAGAUGGUGUACACACACACUAUGGCUCAGCCUAAACAUACUGAGCUGUUGAGCAAGGACGACGUGGAGAUUUUGUUGGAGGCUACGGGUUGUUCGGCAGAGAUAAAGAGACCUGCGUGCAAAGGCGACUGCCUUUCAGAGCGCUACCGCACCAUCACUGGCCACUGCAACAAUAGGCGGAAUCCACUGCUGGGAGCCGCUAAUACUCCGUAUGCUCGGUGGCUUCCACCAGCGUAUGAAGAUUUUCAUGGUACACCCAGAGGAUGGAACCUCCAACACACCUACCGUAACUUUACCUUGCCUCCAGUUCGAGUUGUGUCACAGGAGGUGUUGUACACCCAGAACGAGAAGAUCUCUUUGGAUUUGUCUCUGUCUCACCUGCUGGUGGAGUGGGGACAGUGGAUUGACCAUGAUCUGUCACUGACCCCUCAGAGCCCCAGUACGGCUUCGUUCAGGACCGGAGCAGACUGCACUCGCACCUGCAGCAGAGACACACCAUGUUUCCCCAUACAGAUCCCUCCGACAGACCCUCGUCGCAGUGUUCAGAGCUGCAUGCCGUUUUUCCGCUCAGCUCCCAGUUGUAUAGAUGCCUCAGUCGUGUGUCGUCAUCGAGAGCAGCUGAACGCCAUCACAGCCUUCGUAGAUGCCAGUAUGGUGUACGGCAGUUCAGACGAUCUUGCUCGCUCUCUGCGUAAUCUGUCCUCUCCUCUAGGCCUACUCAAACACAACCAGCUGCAUGCAGACCGAGGACUUGCCUACCUGCCCUACCUGCCUCGAACACACACCCAACUAGACCCAUGUGCACCACGAGAAGGUUCCAACACAGCAAAGAACACAACGUCUAUGGGUAACUUGACCUUCUGCUACCUUGCAGGUGAUUCUCGGGCUAAUGAGCACUUGGGGAUGAUUGCUCUCCACACACUGUUUCUGAGAGAGCAUAAUCGAUUAGCCAAGGAGCUCCACAAGCUCAACCCCUACUGGAGCCCAGAUACACUAUAUCAAGAGGCCAGGAAAAUCCUUGGAGCUGUCCAUCAGGUCCUGACAUGGGAUCACUAUUUGCGACACAUUCUGGGGCACAGUGCAUAUUCCGAACUCAUGCCCCCCUAUCAGGGUUAUGACCUUGAAACUGACCCCAGUAUUACCAACGGUUUCUCCACUGCUGCCUUUCGCUUUGCCCAUGUGACCGUACAGCCCAUAGUGAACCGACUAGGACCCGGAUAUCAGCUUGACCCUAAACAUCCACCACUGCCUUUACACCACUCACUGUUUGCCUCUUGGAGGGUAGUAGAAGAAGGUGGUAUAGAUCCAGUGCUGCGGGGUUUGUUGUUGUCCCCAGCUAAACUCCAGGCUCCUGAGCAGAUGAUGGUGGAGGAGUUGACUGAGAGACUGUUCCAGGCUCAUGGUGGGCUGCCGCUUGACCUUGGGGCUCUAAACCUGCAGAGGGGGCGUGAUCACGGCCUUCCUGGUUACGGUGCAUGGCGAGAGUUUUGUGGCCUUUCCGUCCCUGCAAAUGAAUCUGAUUUAAUAGAAAUUCUGCAGAACGUAGGUUUGGUGCGUAAGCUGCUUGCUCUGUAUGGUACAGCCUGGAAUAUUGAUGUGUGGGUGGGUGGUAUCUCAGAGCCCGCUGUGUCUGGUGGGAGAGUUGGGCCGCUGCUAUCCUGCCUGAUAGCCAAACAGUUUCGUGCACUCAGAGAUGGAGACAGGUUCUGGUGGGAGCGAGAGGGUGUGUUCAGCACUGCUCAGAGACGCUCACUGCGUACGGUAUCUCUCUCUCGAAUCAUAUGUGACAACACACACAUCUGCCUGGUGCCCUCGGACCCAUUUGUACGGACGCUCCACCCUGACGAGCUGCUACCCUGCACACACACAAACAUCACACACCUUAAUCUUUCUGCAUGGAAGGAGCCAGACACUGAUCCAGUGUGCGGCUCCAUUCCUCGACUGAAACUGGGUUUCUCUGUGCUGUGUGAUUCAGCAGUGCUGUACCAGUGUCCUUCUGGCUAUCUGCUUCACGGGGCCACCCACGUCACCUGUGACCCAAACACACGUCUCUGGACUCCAAACCUACCAACUUGUCAAGAUAUAGACGAGUGCUUCAGUGGGUCUGUCUGUCCACCAAAUCUGCUGUGCCACAACACCCCAGGUUCCUUCAUUUGCACAGAGUCCACGACAUUUUCUGCCACCUCCAUCUCUGCUGCAGUGAUGACAGUGACGGGAGGUGUUGCUGUGAUGGCUCUAAUAGUGAGUUGCUAUAAAAGGUUUUUCAUCAAAAAAGGAAGAGUCAGCAGAAUAUGCUGUAAUAAGAAAAACUGAACUGAAGUUCUGAACAUUUAAAUCAGCGCUCAAGUUCACCCUUCCUAACCACUAGGGGUGAUGUGAAUCAUCUGGAUGCCACCUUGUGCAUGUAUUUCUGCAAAAUGACACAGCAUGUUGCAUGUUACAGUAGCUGUCUAUGUCCCCAUCAGGACAGCAUUGUCUCAACAGAAUAUUGCACAUCCCCCCACCACCUAGCUGACUAGCAGGCCUGUGGCAAGUAUGCAGCUAGUGUGGAAGAGAAGUUUCUGCUAAUCCGCAGCUAGAAAUUGGUUUUCUUCUCCACAAUACUUAUCUAUUCCCUUUACUCGAGUAGGAUUUGCCACAUAGUUCAGGUUACACCCAACGGUUAGCCACAAGAGCCUGUAUCUGAUCUCUUGGAAGCUAAAGAUGGGUUUAACGUUGGUCUAUGUGCUCACUGCCUCAGUGUUGGGGAUCUUAUGGAUGUGGGUUUGAAUCAGACGACAUCUGUGAUGACUGUCAUGUGUCAACAUGGUGUGCUCAGCUUAAGAGUUUGAAUCCCAGAUCCACCAAGCUGCCACUCCUUGGCCAUGGGCAAGGACUUCAAACCUGUAAUUGCUCAGUUGUAUAAAAAGCGAUAACAAUGUAAGUCGCACUGGAUAAAAGUGUAUGCCAAAAGCCAUAAAUGUAAAUGUACCAAUGCCAAGUCAACACAUUGCAGCCUGCCAGGAUAAAGUGCUCUUACCCUUGACUGGCCUCCACACCAUUAUUUUGCCUCCUUUAUCGAUGAUUCUUUCCAUGUUGUGCAAAAUCUUGGAGUUCUCAUAACCCCAAGAUAUCAUGUUCUUGUCAAGGUUUGUUUGUGCAUGUUAGGAUGUUAGUUUAUAUAAAAUAUAAAUAUAAUAUUUUAUAUAUAUAUAUUUAUAUAUAGCAUGUUCUUGAGAUUCUGUAAGAUUACCAUCACUUUCCUCAGUGGAGCGAGUGUUGGUCCGCACUGCACCUUUUAGGAUAAGACGGUUCCUCUUGAUAUUUGUGGCAUACAUUAUCCAUAGUGAACAUAGUGAAAUACAUAGUGAAAUACAUCACAUACAUAGUGAAACCCAGAUAUGGUUGUUAAACCUUAUAAACCUGUGCUGGCUCAAGUUCGCAUCACUACAUGACUUGGAAAAGCGUCCAGUUGAUUCGCACCUCCUGUAGCGGUUAUCUAUGGUUCACAGAGUUCUUUUAUAUACUGUACGUAAUCAAAUAUGUAUUAUUUAUUGUUCUGCAGUGACAUGAAUUGUGUGUAUUAUUGUGUAUCUGAUUAAUUAAACACUAAUUAAUCUCUUCUUAACAAAGCAGGCCAACACUUUACUCAUACCAAUCAUUAUCGGUAUUAUUUUGUAUGCCGUGUAACUUUAAGUGCUGGUUCUCUGUUAAACUUGUUCCUCUGUAAGAUUUUCCACUGCCCCAGAAAUCUGUUAUUGUUGCCCUCUUUACCUUACCUCAUAAGAGACAUAACAGAUUUAUAGCCUACCAGCACCUCUGCUAUGGAGUCAGCUUCUCCAUACAGCCAGUCCAUCAAAAUAUUAUCCAGUGUUGUAAAAGAGGUCUUCUUAUCCUUUUUGUAUCCCACUCCCUCGAUUUAUAUGAACUUAUGAAGUUAAGAGAUCAUCUAUUCUAAAGGUCUGACACAAAGACGCAUCAUUAAAACAUAAAGUAGGAAGACUGUAUUCCUUUACAUCCCUAAUCUGCUCCUCAAGCCUAUAGAUAUCUGCUACAGUGAAUUCAGAUCACAUAUUCAUUCAAACCCAUGACUCAGAGUUACAC